AGCUGUUAGCUGCUGGCAGCUGGAAUGUGCUUGUAGGAAUUAGCUGUUUUUGUCACGUUCGUGCCUGCUCUGAACUAUUAUAUAUUAUUCUAAAUUUAACCUGCGUUAGAGGCGUUAUUUGUGUAGGCGACAGUAUGUCGACGGGAUCUCCGUGAGACAGCGAGAUGGAGCGAAUACGUUCAUGUCCAGAUGGACGCCAACCACGUGAUCCGGUUCUUCAGGUUUGUUGUGACCGUUUAUGUCGUUAGUGGUGCCCCCGCCCCCUCACAGUAAAUAAGAGCGAGGCUUUUUACUAUCCCGGCGCUGUGAGCUCGAGAGGGGCAGCAAGUUCAGCCAAACUCGUGACCUCUGGAGCCAGACGUCAGGAAUGUGAAGAGGUCACCAUCAAAGUUAUAAGUUAAAGCCUGGCGAACAUCCCCCUCAGUCCGGAGACGGCCCAGGACCAGGAGAGACGGAUCCGUCGGGAAAUCGCCAACAGCAACGAGCGGCGGCGUAUGCAGAGCAUCAACGCUGGAUUUCAGUCCCUCAAGACACUCCUGCCACACACAGAUGGGGAGAAGCUCAGCAAGGCCGCCAUCCUUCAACAAACAGCGGACUACAUCUUUACCUUGGAGCAGGAAAAAACCCAGCUGCUAACCCAGAACAACCAGCUCAAACGCUUCAUCCAGGAGUUUAGCGGCUCCUCGCCCAAAAGGAGGCGAGCCGAGGAGAAGGACGAAGGCAUCGGGUCUCCGGACACGCUGGAGGAGGAGAAGGUGGAGGAGCUGAGGAGGGAGAUGAUUGAGCUGCGGCAGCAGCUGGACAAGGAGCGCUCGGCUCGCAUGCAGCUGGAGGAGCAGGUGAUCUCAGCUGUGCGGUCUCUGGACGGCCAGCUGCACCCAGAGCGUCUGAAGGUGAUCACCCAGCAGGUGGAGGAGGAGCAGGCCCUCAUCCAGAGCCAGACGCUGCUGCGGCUACAGCAGAUCCACGCCGCCGCCGCCGACAGACAAACACACAGUCCUCAGGUGCUGGCUCCGCCCACUCCGCCUGCCCCAACCCACCACCCCACUGUCAUCGUCCCAGCUCCAACACUAAACCAUCACGUCACUGUGGUGACCAUGAGCCCAUCUGUCCACACCAGCACCGUGUCCACUUCCAGACAGAACCUGGACACCAUUGUGCAGGCCAUCCAGCACAUUGAGCGCACCCAGGAGAGAAGAGGCAGCUCCGAGGACGAGCAGAGGAGAGCAGUCAUCGUCAGCCCCACCCACGUCGCCAUGGACACCGCCUGCUCGGACACAGACACGGACACGGAGGGUGAAGACUGUUUGAUGAACUGACCCGCCCCCACCCUGAACUCCUGCCUAUCCCCGCCCCUCCAACACGCACACAAACACUUAAGACACCCUACUCACUGUAAGAUUCCCUCCAGGAGCUUGACUACUCAUGUUAAUCUGUCUUUGGCAUUACCUAAACUCCUAAAUCCAGUGGUUUAAGCUCUGCGUCAAGUUUUGUACUGUAAUUUUUCAGAGUAUUGAAGAGGUAGGAAGGUCAGCGUGCAGGAUCCAUUGGAUCUCUGCAGCUACUUGAAUAAUCAAACGGUCUACUUGUAGAAAAAAAGAAAAAAAAAAGGCUGUCUGCCCCGUUGUUUCUCGUUUGUGCGUGCUCUCCAUAUAGUCCCAGAAUCAUCGUCGCCCUCUUUCUGUCACUCCUGACAGUGCAGCUACAAUCUAAUGGAGUCAAUUUAUCAGAAAGAUGAAUGUAACGACACAAUAAGCAAGGAGAUCCUUAUUCACAUGUUUUGUUUGUCGUAUAUUUCUGGUGGCUGUCAAAUCUUAAGCUAUUAAAUACUAAAUUUAAAAAUUUGAACCUACACAUAAAAUCUUUCUUACUUGAAGAAAAGAAAAAAAGCUGUUUUUAAACUCUAAAUAAGCCUUUAGAAAUAAGCUGAAUUCCUUCUCUGGUCUUUCAGUUUAGAUGUUUUUAUA